UUAAUGUCAAGCCGAUGACAACUACAAAAAUAUUGUUUGAUAUUUCAUGAGAAGUGAAAAUACUAAUCAAGUAUUUCACUUUUUCGCUAUUUCUUUUUUCAAGUAUAAUUCAGAAAAAUAACCGAUCGUAAUAAUGAGCUGUCCGUUUAGUGAGGAACAAUUAUCGCAAUUAAAAGCUUUCGUAGAAUUAUGCAGGAUACAGCCUCAGAUUUUACAACACCCUAAAUUAUCUUUUUUCAAAGAGUAUUUAUUAUCAUUUGGCGUAACUUUACCAACUGUUUCUCAUGAAAGUAAGGAUGUUCCGGCUUCAGGUGACCGUGCCAAUGCUGAACCUACUCCUGAACCAUGUAAGGCAGGAGUGUCAUCCGAAGAAGACUCUGAUCCUGAGUCGGAUGUUGAACUAGACAUGGAAGGUGUUAUAUCCGAUACAUCAGAAGCCAACCAGGAGAUGGGUGAUCAAUUUAAGGAAGUGACAGAUGAGGAACGUGAUAAGUCUGAUGAGAAAAGAUCUGAAGCUAUGCAAGCAUUCUCGGAACAGCGGCUGGAUGAAGCUAUUGCUUUUUACACAGAAGCUAUAAAACUUAACCCACAAAGUGCUUUACUGUUUGCUAAAAGGGGUCAGGUAUUUCUUAAACAAAACAAGUUACAUGCUUGCAUCAAGGACUGUACUCAGGCUUUAGAGCUUAACUGUGAUAGCGCAGCAGCAUACAAAUUUAGAGGAAGAGCCUACAGUCUCUUGGGUAAGUUCGAAGAGGCUUCGCAUGACCUCUGCGAGUCGCUGAAGAUUGAUUAUGACGAUCAAGCCAAUGAGUGGCUGAAUCUUGUGAAACCAAAUGCUGAGAAGCUACGUCAACACAAACUCAGCGUCCAACGCAAGAAAGAAGAAAAAGAGCACCGUGAGAAAAUACGAAGGGCUCGCAAGGCGCAAGAGGCUCGUGCGAAGGCCGCUCAAGAGCAGACUCAGUCGCAGCCGCAGGCCGGCUUCCGUGCGCCCCCUGGGAUGGGAGCUUUCGAAAACGUAGACUUCUCUAAACUAGUCUCCGAUCGUGAACUCUUUGAAACAUUGACGGACCCAGAAAUAUCAGCCGCCGUCUAUGACGUUUCAUCAAACCCAGCUAAUUUCAUUAAAUAUCAAAACAACCCCAAGGUAGUUGCUGCCUUAGAAUUGUUAAGGAGUAAAUUUGGAGCUGGCGGUGGACCUGCAGCGGGUGGUUUCGGAGGUUUCGGAGGUGCACCAACUGCUGGAACUAAAACUUCUGAUGAUGAUGUUGGCUUGGAUUAAAGACAUCCACAUUUCGAAUAUCAAACAAUUAUUUGAACAUUCAUAAUCAAAGUAUGUUAUAAUUAUAAUGUAUAACACAAUUAAUAACAUUUCUUCUAUUGUACUAAGGAAGUACGUUUUUAUUAUAUUUUUUGCAAGAUUUUUUUUCGUCUUUAAAUUGCAUGCAAAAUUCCCAUCGACAAGCUAUUUUAGCAAAAAUAGCAUAUAAAUAAUGAUUUGAAAUAUAAACGGAUUUAUUGAAAUAUCCAAAAUAUGACUAUUUAACAGAAUUAUAUUUUUUUUAACAAAAAAAAAAUAUUUUCAUUUAAUAUUGUUUAGACAUCAUAAGUUUUAUUGUGUAGGAGUGGCUUAUUUUAUUUUAGCAUUUUUAAAGGUACUCAAGAUGUUUAAUAAAUUGUACUUUUAUUUUGCUGGCAUUAA